AUGACGGACGAAAGCUUCAACAAAGCACCCGGAUCAGAGUUCUCUAGAAGUCGGUCAACUGUCGUUACUAUGGGAAACGCAAAGGCAACCGUUACAAGUUCUGCCCUUUCUCCCAUGCUUCCGGAUCGUUUGAUAAGUUCAUCGGUUUCUUCUGGGCUUUCUAUCAAUCAAGAUGUUCCUUUCACUAUUCUACAAUAUGGCCAUCUUAUGCCUGCUUUAGUUCAGCCAGGUUUUUCAGUGUUUCAUCAUCCACCGCCCCCAAUGCCGAUGACCAUUCCACUUUUUUAUCAGCCAGUAAACGGAGCACUACCACAACCUCAGCCAUAUGAUGCCAACAUGCUCUACAGAUACACGCCUCAGCUUCCUAACAGCAGUGAAAACUUAGGACAAAAAAGCAACGUGAAUAGAAAACUUGGAAAAAUUAAUCAGAACAAAACUAAAACAAAAGACCUAGGAAGCGACCCUCGCGGGUUAGAAGUGUUGAACAAUGUCAGCGACUUCAGUUCAACAGGAUUGCCACAGAUUACACCUGAAAUUUCACGUGACGGCUUUGCAGGAACCGGAAUUGUGGUGAAUCAGGAAAAACUAUCAACAUUGACAGAGAUGGCAAUGCGAGGGUGUGAAUUGGCAGAACAGUUGGCGGAUAACCAUCAAAAGCGUCCGUGUUUUAAAAAGAUCGAUAGUCUAUGCGCUCGAAUGAAGCAGGAUUUAAUUCGGCCGGAUAGCGUAUUGGCCAACAUAAAUUCACAAGGAAUGGCUUGGGCGGUGAAGGAUUUUAUUUUCGUCUUUACACGUAUCAUUAACGCUUGGAUCAUAAUUAAAGGAUAUGUCUAUAACACACCGGAAGGGUUAGAGCGUGUUCAAAAGGUUUUAAGCCCAGACUUUCUGGAUAAUUUUAUGAAAUGGCAGGAUUCAACGAUUGACUUCGUUGAUAGUUUGAUAAAAUCUUUUACUAGCUUAGAUGAAACAGUACAGAAUCAACGUACCAGCGGCGUUCAAAAAGAAGCAAAUCUGAAGAUUAAUUGUUUACGUCAACUGAAGUCUAAUGAUGAUAAAGAACGUGGAUUACAGGACUUGUAUGAAUAUUUGAAGGACGUAGUCCCAAAUUUAGCGGAGAAUAAGACUUCUUCCUCUUCGGAUAAUGCUAGUUGUAGCGAUCUUUCAGAUCGCAGUAGUAUAAUUUACGACAAUUCGAAGAGCUACCUGGUUUCUAUUGUUAACGAUUCCGAACAGACGCAAAUGAAGCAUAAUGAACAUGGAACAUACUUUAAAACAGGCAUAUACGAACCGAUUAGAAAGCCUCCAGGAUUUGGAUCAAACAAUCUAGCUUGUGCAUUGAAAGCAAAUUUGUCUGCAACUGACACAAACUCCAUUCCAUUUGUAACAUCUACACCAAAAAUUUUGAAAAAUCCGAUAUCACACAACAGACCUGACCUCCUGGGUUCUAUUUGUGGCUGUGACGCUGACACCAAUGUACAAUCAGCCAAUCAUCAGCUAUCGGAUAUUGCUUUGGCAUCGCAAUUACAAAUGGACUUUUUCAACGAUGCUAUCAUUCGACAAAGCUUUGACGGUGAAACGGUGGCUAAAAUUCAUUUCCUACUACAAAAAGUUUUUGGGAUUAAUGAAUCCAAGUAUUUUUUGGUUGCACAAUUUACCAAGAACUAUUUCACUGAUUUCCAUGCAAUCAAUCCAAAUUUCAUAGAUUUGCGAGCAAUUAUAUCAAAGGCUCAAAUUGGAGGCUAUCAAAAUAUCCAUGAAAUCGUUCAUGACUUACGGCAAAUAGUUCAGGCUGCUCGCCGCUACCUUGAACAAAAGACCCAUUCUCUGCUCAAAGAAACGGUUGAUGAGUUCGAACGUAAUCUCGAGGAUAUUCUAUGUGAUAAGAUAUUCGAUUGUUACGAUUUCAGCUGCCUGCCGGGAUCUGCAUCGCCAGCUACAACCAUAGGGAGCAAUAACAGCAGCGGCGCAACAGCUUGUUCCGGAGAGUUUUGA